CCAAGCGAGCUCCGGCCAAAACGAAGACCACCUCUCGGAAAUCCACGACCACCACAGGAAAAAACGAGCGCGCCGCCCAUAAAAUCCUCUCGUUUUAUCCUUGAUCCCCCGUGCUGCCGCUGCUGCAUAUUCUGACUCGUCGUCCUCGCGUUCCCAUGGCCGAUUCCGCCGCGCUCCCCACCGCUGCCUCCUCCUCUUCCCUCCCCCGCUCGCUGGUGUCCAGGCCGCCCCUCUCCUCCCCUCUCCACGGUCGGUCCCGGGCCCCGCGCCGCUGCCGCUUCGGAUCGCGGUCGCUCCACCGGUUGCGAGCUCGGGCGGGGAAGGACGAUCCCGAGGACCUCUACGGGCCCUACCCCUGGGACCAGCCCUUGGAUCUCACCACCGACUUCGAAGAUAUUCAGUGGGUGCAAGAAGACAAAGUCACACUGUUCACUUCUGAGGGCCUGAUUCAAAUUGGGGGUUCAUUGGUUCCUCGUCGAGUUAGUGCUUCCCAGAAGAGGCAACGAAAAGUGAAGGGUACACAGAUGCUUCGCCGGUUUCAGGAGAGCUCUUACAUGGAUCCAAAUCAAAGUCUUUGCCUUGGAGCACUAUUUAACAUUGCAGCAACAAAUGUAAAUAUUUAUUGCUGUUUAUUUUCUUAUCAUGUUUUCAUUUCUUUAGUAAUAUAUUACCAUUUUAUAUCUCAGGGUCUAGACAUGGGCAGAAGAUUAUGUAUCUUUGGCUUUUGUCGUUCUGUUGAAAUGCUAAGCGAUGUAGUGGAAGAUACAGUAUUGGAGCAUGGUGGUGAGGUUGUUACUGCAGAGAAGGCGAGCAAUGACGGCCUUCAGGAGAAGCUAACCAUGUCUGUUGCGGUACCAUUGCUGUGGGGUGUUCCGCCAGCAGCAGAGACCCUCCAUGUCGCCGUGCGGAGUGGUGGAGGUAUUGUAGAUAAGAUCUACUGGCAGUGGGACUUGUUCUAAAUGUCCGGAGCCGAAACAUUAACAAAAUCGAUUCCAUCCUGUAUAUACCCCCAAUCUAAUUCGCUGCACGCAUUGUGUCAGCAAUUGUGCAUUGUGCAAAAACUGUAAACUUAAUCUCUGCUUGUACAGACACGGUCACCCUUGUGCAUAUAUAAACAAAACUCUGGAAUCACAUCCCAUUUUUAAUUUA